AGCGUGCUGCACUCCUCUCAGGACGACCCCGUCAAAGAUAGGCCCCGCCCGCUGUCCAGUAUCUCCCGGCAACACAAAAGCAAGUCCCUCAUCACCCGCACAGCUUCAGAUUUUGGGGGCGGAGCUUCAAUUCGCAGAGAAGAACUGGACCACGACUUAGACCGAGAGCCGGACUCGGACUCCACCAAACACUCGACCCCCUCCAACAGCUCCAACCCCAGCGGGCCCCCCAGCCCCAACUCCCCCCACCGCAGCCAGCUCACCCUGGACGGCCUGGACGAGCCCUGAGCCCCGCUGCCCCCUUGCACACACUUUAAGCCCCGCCCCCACAGACUUUAAAUGUGGGUGUGUGCUUUAUGAACAAAUCAGGCUAAAAAAACUGAGUUUAACUUUUACUUUAAGGAUUUUAUUGUGACGGAGUGAGUUUGAGAUUACUGCUGCUUUUAUUCUGAUAGAUUUUACCUGCUGGGAAGCCCCGCCCUCUGGUUUUAACCACGCCUCCGCUCCUUUCCUACCGCUGGCCACUGCGUCAUCCAGACUGGCUCAUGGGACCACUCACUUUCUGUUCUUCCUUCUCUGUAUUAAAAAACACUUUCCGUUGAGCUUCAGUGCGUGUUAGCCGCUGAGCUAACUGGCUAAUUCCUAAAAGACAAGAGGUCUCACUCUGAAGAAAAAACAACAACACUGUAUUAAUUGUUUUAAAGUUUUGUUAAAGUUGCACAUCAUCAUAAUUAUCGUCGUCGUAGAGGAAAAAUGAUCUUUUGAUUUGUACGUGAUGAUCUAUACUCUUCUCCUCACUCUCUCACCUUUAUUCUGACUCCGCCCCCUGCUCCACGGUGGGGGCAGGUGUGCGACGUCGCACCUGAACACUACUGCUUCUGUUUCUUCCAGAAUCACAAUUUAAAGAAUCUUUGUUAUGAUAAAACUGUUAGCAGCCAAAAAAAAAACAAACAAAAAAAAAAUGCAAUAAACGAACCUGAAGAGAAUCAGUGUCAGUGUUACACCUGCACAGGUACACAACAGUUUUGAUGUAAUUUAUAUUUGAAACUUAUGAGAUCACAAGAAGGCAUAUCUGCCAGCGGUGACACAGUGAUGACCCCCCCGGCCCCCACAUCAUUAAACCUCAUGUUGUUUUUGUC